AUGGAAGAAGCUAAUAAAAAAACUGAAGGUACCCUGGAAGACCUAUGCCAGGAACUAAUGCCCCUGAUGGUAGGUGCGGAAGAUUCUGCCCAAACAUCGGAGCAAGCCAUGGAGGGAGUGGAGAGCGCCGACACGGUUGAAAGGAGCGAUACUCAUUGCCCAAGCAACCCAACGGAGGCUCCCAACCCUGACAUGCGCAAGUCCGUCAAGAAAUUGACGGGCUCUGUGAAGGGCCGCUACAAAGCUCUUAGAGGACUAGGAGUGGCGCACGAGGAAGCGCUACAACUGUCCGCAAAGAGCUUUGCGGAAUUUAAAAAGAUGGGGUACAAGUUCGGGUCCUCACACUCCAAACCCGAGCCGAAAUCGGCCAAACGGCCGCGCUCGGAGGAGAAAUCGCCACAGGGUAACGCUAGCAAGUUCCCAAAGGUGAGUGAGAGCCCUACAACCCAACCCCAACCUCCACAACCCUAUAACGAGGUCCUUAGCCAAGUCCGGGUCGGAAUCAAGGACUCCAAGCCGAUGAAUGUCGCGCAAUUGGGGUCCCUAUGCAAUACCAUCCUGCAAAAGAUUGCGACCCUGGAAAUGGACAAGGGACCAAAGUUUAAGGGUUACGCUUACAAGCCAGGCUGGUUACUCAUUACAUGCAGUGACCAAAGAUCUAAAGCCUGGCUUGAGGAAAUAACACCAACCCUAAAACCAUGGCCGGAAGCCAACCUCGGGGUCAUCCCUGAAAAUGAGCUUCCUAAGCCUAAUAUAGGGAUGGUGUUCAUUCCUGAGAUAGACGACUCCAAGGUCAAGCAGUCGCUAUCUCUACUCUAUGCGCAGAACCAGGGGCUGCACACAGAGUUAUGGAAGAUUCUCCACACCAAAGUCGAAAAGGGCGGGGUUAUGGUAACCCUGUCUCUAGACGACGUGUCGGUGGAGAACCUUCAAAAAAAGGGCCUAAAGGCAAACCUAGGUUUCCGGGAGGUCCAGUUUCGGCUAAAGGGCCAACCUAAGACCUAACAGCCAGAAACGCAACCCACCCAAAACCCUACACCGCAGCCUGCAAUCCCUGUCCCACCCACCACCCUAACCCAAACACCCGCCCCAAAGGUGCCUUCCGGCCCAAAGCGGGCGGCUCCUUCCACCUCCAAUCCUACUCCAGGAUCCUCGGGGAUGCAGCGGUUUCUCGCCAACAGGGGAGGCCACAGGGGAAAAAACCGUCCAAGGGGUAGAGGGAACGGAGGAGGCCACCAAGGGCACAACAGUGCCCACCGCCGUGGUAAAUAACGACGCAACCAGGGGUAGGGGGGUGAUGUUCCUACAGGCCAAUCUACACCACGCCAUAGCGGCCACUGCGGUCGUAGAGAAACUCUUCGGCGAAAAUGGCCUGGACAUCGCCCUCAUACAAGAACCAUGGAUAAACAACAAAUCCAUGGUAACAGGACUCAACAGAGCAGGAAAGAACUAUGCAGUGAAGACACCGUAGCUGCCUAUGUCAAUCUCAAAGGGAGAGGAGCACUGAAGGUAAUAGUUUGCUCCGCCU